AUGUUAAAUUCAAUAUUAAAAAGAUUGCCAUUGGUUAUUACCAACAAUUGUAAUCCAACCAAAUUGGCAAGACAUCAAACUGGUGUCAAAGGAUAUCCUAGUCAACAUGAACAUACAAGCAAUAACCGUUAUAUUUCGACAAGUGAAAAUGUACACAAUUCCGAUAAUAUACAUAAAUCAUCUGGUCCCGCGGACACAGAGCGGAUUGGUGGUUUACCAUUGGAAUUGAUAAACAAACGUAAAUUGGAACAAUCUUCAAGAACAUUGUCAACAUUACAAAAUCAUCCGAUACCAGCCGCAACGCGAACUGCAGUAUCAACCGAUGAAAAUCGGGAAUUUUUGGCCGUGUUUCCAGAAAUUGUUAACGAAAUGGUGGAAAUAACAAACAAAUAUAGUCCGAAUGAAAUUUCAGAAUGGUUUGCAAGGUCCCUGGAAUACAAUAUACCACAUGGCAAAUUAAAUCGUGGUCUACUCACCGUAUUGACAUAUAAAAAUCUGGUGAAAUCUGAAGACCUAACACCGGAAAAUAUAAAACGAGCCCAAAUAUUGGGUUGGUGUGUUGAAAUUCUGCACAGUUUCUUUUUGGUUUACGACGAUGUCAUGGAUAAUAGUUCGACACGGCGGGGACAAGUGUGUUGGCAUAAAGUACCACAGGUUGGACUGAUUGCCUUAAAUGAUGCUCUAAUGAUGGAAAAUGGUCUCUACGCUGUACUGAAAAAUCAUUUCCGACAUUUGGACUGUUAUGUUGAUUUAAUGGAACUCUUCCAUGAGAUUACUUUUAUCACCACCUGUGGUCAAAGUUUGGAUUUAUUAAAUGCCAAUAAUAAUGUGUUGUCGUUUAGCAUGGAAAAAUAUAAUGCAACGGUGGCUAAUAAGACGGCAUAUUAUACAUUCUAUUUGCCAUUUGCCUUGGCAAUGCAUUUGGCUGGAAUCAAAGAUCCCGAAGCCUUUAGACAAUCAAAAACCAUUUUGCUGGAAAUGGGCCAUUUCUUCCAGGUGCAAGAUGACUUUUUAGAUUGCUUUGGUAAUCCAGAAAUUACCGGAAAAAUUGGUACCGAUAUCCAGGAUAAUAAAUGUUCCUGGUUGGCGGUGGUUUGCAUGCAAAGGGCAAAUGAGGAACAAAAACAAAUCAUGUUGGAUUGCUAUGGACAAAGUGAUCCCGAAAAAGCCCAAAAAGUCAAAGAUCUUUACAAGAGUAUGGGCCUACCCAACACCUAUGCAAUCUAUGAAGAGGAAUCAUAUAACAUGAUUAAAACACAUAUCCAACAAACAUCACGUGGUGUACCACAUGGCAUAUUUUUACAGAUCCUCAAUAAAAUAUAUCAGCGUGAAUCCUAAAAAU